AUGUUGGCACGGUCUCCCGUUCCCACAACAAACCCAGCCAAUGCAUCUCCUCAAAGCAGCUUCCACAGCUUCCACUAUGCCCCUGCGCCCUCGCCGCGAUACUCUUCUCCCCGGGUUCCGGCCGUCGCCAAAUCUCGCCGGUCGUUGUCCAACUCUUCCGCGCCCGCAAUAAUACCGCCCCACGCCUCGCAGCCGAAUCGAUAUGUAGCCGUCGAUGCUGCGACUCAGUACUCGCCGAUGGAGCCUAUGGACUACGCCACUGGCGCAUUGCUCCCGCGAGUACCACCCACCACCACCUCCGACUGCCAUUCAUCCAAGGCGCAGAAAACAAUGGCCGCCCCCGAGGAGCGGCCCGACGUCGCCGUGCAGCCACGGGCGAAGCCCGUCAAACCAGUGCCUUCCGGCCCGAAGCAGCGUAUUGAAGCGCCGUCUCUCCCGACCUCUCCGUCUAAGCGGAGAAACUCGCAAGGGCCUGGGAGCAUAAGCGCCUUAGCGACCGAUCCGUUACAAAACCCCUCAACACUCGCCAAGCGGGUGAAACCCGACACAGCACCCCCCAAAGUCCUGCCAUUGCGAUAUGAGCUAUGCGCGGUCGAGGACGUGGUAGUCCUUAUUGCGCAUAUGCUCGGCGAACUUAUAGAGACCAACGAUUCACUUGCCCUAAAAUCAGGGCACCUCACUAGAUUUCAUUCCCGAACGGCCCCGGGGAUAUCAGUACCUGACUACCUUCACCGCCUUGCGAAGCACGCAACUCUCACACCACCCCUCCUUCUCUCAAUGGUCUAUUACAUCGACCGCUUGUGCGCGCUGUACCCCGAUUUUACCAUAAACACACUUACCGUCCACCGAUUCCUCAUUACUGCCGCCACCGUUGCGGCCAAGGGGUUGUCGGACGCCUUCUGGAACAAUUCGACCUAUGCCAGAGUUGGGGGAGUCAAGGUCGCCGAGCUAAAAAUGCUAGAGCUCGAGUUCCUACACCGGGUCGACUGGAAGAUUGUGCCCAACCCGGAAGUCCUAGUUGCGUAUUACGCGGGGCUUGUCGAGCGAUGCCCGGGCUACUGCCUCGAAGGGCCGGAGAACAGCGACGAUGUUGGAGACAGCGACGCUUUGGAUGAUAGUGACGAACUGGAUGACGACGAUAUUACCGAAGGAGGCCAAACGGCGUCUUCAGGGGAUGGGAUAGCAGGAUCAGCUGGCACCGGCGGAGGUCAUUCCUAG